AAAAAAAAAAAAAAGAAAUACAUAUUAUAAGUAGCUACGAAUCUACAACAAGACUUUGUCAAGAGAGGGGAAAAAAAAAACGACAACAACAACAACAACAACAGCAACAAAAAACAAAACAGAACCCUCGGCUAUCCGACCAAAAGAGAAGCGACUUUUUUGUAUUUUUGUAUUUUUGUAUUUUUCGACUUUCAUUAAUACAAUGUCAUCAGCUGGUGGACUUUCAAGACGCCGUGGUGGUGGUGGAGGUGGAGGAGGAGGCGGAGAAGAUUCAUAUUCAUCAAAUGCAAACUCAUCAUCAGGAAAUUCUGGAUUCAAUCACAACUCUGGUCUUCAUCGUCGUUCCAGUACAGAUGCUAAAGUAUAUGCAGACCCAAGAGAUUUACAAAUGGAAGAUGAGAACAGAACUCAGCCCAAGUUUACUUUGAUGGAAGAGAUACUUCUUUUAGGACUCAAGGAUAAGCAGGGUUAUCUUUCGUUCUGGAACGACAAUAUCUCUUAUACUCUUCGGGGCUGUAUUCUGAUGGAACUAGCUUUCCGCAAUCGCAUUGCCAUGGUCAAGGAUCCUAACCGACGCAAAUACCCACUCGCUGAUCGAUAUAUCGAAGUCAUUAGUGAGAAACUGACCGGUGAGGUCUUGCUGGACGAGGCACUCAAGAUGAUCCAUUCCACAGAAGAGAGAAUGAGUGUUGGUCAGUGGAUCGAUCUUAUGAGUGGUGAGACAUGGAAUGUAAUGAAGAUUGGAUACCAAUUAAAGCAAGUUCGAGAACGUUUAGCAAAAGGAUUAGUGGACAAGGGCGUGUUGAGAACAGAGAAACGCAAUUUUUUGAUCUUUGACAUGGCAACACACCCCGUGACAGAUUCAGCUGUGAAAGAGGAGAUCGUCAAAAGAGUCUGCACGACAUUGAUUUCUAGAAACACAGGUUCAGGCACGCCGACACUUCUCUCAGAUCGGGAAACGCCUAUCGCAUUCCAACAACUCCGGACGAUCGCCAUGGUCUGUGCUGCCUAUGCAGCCAAUGUACUGGAGAACGCACUCAUGUAUCUGAAUCAUGAGAUGCGUGAACGUGCCUAUACCAAGGUCGACGAACUUUUGAAUGACUAUAGUAAUUUCCCUUUUGGUUCCUCUGCCUCCAAGAAUGAAGUACAGGGCAAGGAUCUACAGAUGGAAAUCAUUGCAGCAGUAUUGAACGUAUUUACAAAGAUGGAUAGUAUUCUGUAACAACAAAUAAAUCAUAUUAAAAAGAAAAAGAAAAAGAAAAAGGAAAAGGAAAA